AUGCAGCAGCAGAUCCGUCAACCGGUGAAACCACCGUUCCUAACCUGUGCAACUGCCCCCCCGACCACUAGCCCCACCACUGCUAGCCCCACCACCGCUAGCCCCGCCCCCACCAGACCGCCCCGUAAAACAGACGAUUAUCUUGGACCAGCUGAGUGUCUGGAGAAAGAGUUCACUCGUGCGUCAUGUGACCUGGUCUUCUGUCCUCCAUGGGAGCGUUGUAUUAACGGUCACUGUUCCUGUAAACUGCCCUAUCUGUGUCCCAGAGAUGGCGUGGUCCCAGUCUGUGGACGCAACACGAGGAAAUACCUCUCUUACUGCCAGGUGAUGGUUCUCUCCUGCCGCACGGGAAUAUCCAUGAUGUCCCACUUUGGGGAAAACUGUGAAGACAGUAAUUCAAGGUUCAGCAGUUUCAUAGACCCACAGAGCGGCGUGGUGAAGCUCUUCCUCCCCUCUAACGGGAGCAGCAUAGAAGAAGGACCUGGGAAGGAGGUGCUGGUGUGUGGGACGCUGUGGGACAUGGCUGCUGCUAACGCCGCCUGCAAGGACGCCAAGCACAAACUUGGAGCAGCGUCAGCCAGGGUCGUCCCCUAUCACUCCCUGACAGCCGACCCUAGCAACGAGCCGUUGCCAGGGAGUUGUGUGAGUGUUCGUUGUCAAGGUUACGAGCGCUCCCUAGCUGAGUGUGUCAUCUACGACCCGACCGAGAUCACAGCGACCGCCGCCACAGCGACCGCCGCCACAGCGACCGUCGCCACAGCAACGUGCUACACGGAAACCCAAGAGGAGGACAACUGUGAAUUCAAGUGUGUGAACAAGAAGUGUGUGUCUGUGGAGCAGACAUGUGACGGAGUGGACGACUGUGGAGACCGCAGUGACGAGAUGUGCUGCAAAAAGUGCAGAAACGAUGCAUUCCACUGCAGGACGGGUGUGUGUGUGCACAAAGAGGCGGUUCGCGAUGGAAUCGUCGACUGUCUGGACGGCAAAGAUGAAUCACCGGUUCAUACUGCUGACAGGACACGGUUCGAGGCCAGAACACUCAAAAACACAGAAUACAUCUCUCCAAAAAGUGAGACAAGGGCCAACAGACAGCAUUUAGAGUCAAAGCUGUACUGUGGGAUUCCCAACUCCACCACAGUGGAUGACGAGGAAGAGGAGGAGCGAGUGCCGGGUGGCCGAGUCAAGAGGGUGGUGGGAGGAGUCCCAGCUAAACCGACUCAGAUCCAGUGGCAGGUUGGUAUCGAGGAGUAUGGCAAGCUCGACUGUGGAGGGGCGUACAUCGGAGGCUGUUGGGUGCUCACGGCCGCUCACUGUGUCAGGCCCAAACCAUCUGCCUUUCAAGUGAAGUUUUCUCUGUGGAAAAAAAGGAGACCUCAAGACACGACAGAUGUCGUUCCCGUUCACGACAUCCACAUUCACCCCAAGUACAAUGCAGCUACCUAUGAGAACGACAUCGCUCUGGUGGAGCUGGAGAAGCUUCCAUUCAAACAAGAGUGUCUGGUAGAAAACCCGGCCGUCAGUGCCGUCUGCAUCCCCUGGAGCCCACAGCUCUUCCAGACGAACCACACCUGCAGCAUCUCCGGGUGGGGGCGCACCACUGCCGGUGGUUCAUCAGCCAGGGUGUUACUGUGGGCCAACGUCUCCCUGAUUUCCAACUGCCAGAGGUUCUACAAGGAUCGCUUCAAACCAGGCAUGAUGUGCGCAGGGGAUCUGAAAGGCGACGUGGACUCGUGUCAGGGCGACAGUGGCGGCCCUCUGGUGUGUGAGGAUGACCAGGGUAUUUCCUACCUGUGGGGCAUCGUGAGCUGGGGGGAGAGGUGCGGCCAGCCGGGCUUCCCUGGGGUCUACACACAGGUCGCUCAUUACUUUGAGUGGAUCAGAAGCCACACGGGUUGGCCAGCUGUAACCAGAUAUAACUCCUGAUGUCUCAC